AUGAACCUGCGUAAACUCCGUACGGUUGUGUUGCUUUCGGUUAUUGAACCAAUCGACGUCGUGCUGACGAAAAAGCCGGUUCAAGUUGACGAGCAAAAGUCCCAGGCAGCUGGUUUAGCUUUUAAUACGUCGGCUGGCAGAAUAGAAGAUGACCGAGAGGCCUUAACGUCACUGUUUUCCGACCCUUGCAUUCCAGUGGCGGCGGCAGCAACAGCCGUACGAUCCAGUUUUCGGGCCAUAAAAUGUGCGUACAGCUCCGUCUGUGUUAUCAAAAAGUUCAACUUUCGUUGUUGUCGUCUAGCUUCCAGCAGUUCCAAAUCGGCUCGACGCUGUUCAGCAGCCGCUCUCUCGUCCAGCAGUCCCAAAUCCGCUCGACCCUGUUCAGCAGCCGCUCUCUCGGCUCGCCGACGAGCGGCUGUUGCUGAUUCCACAAACGGAGUCUCACUAGCAGUUCCGUUAUCGGUUUUGCUACUUGAAUAA